AGAUGGCCCAUCAAGUGCUCCCCCGUCGACAUCCGAUCGUUCCGGGGGUCCCAACCCUGAGGCAAAUGUGGCCCGUGGAUCUGACAAGCCCAGUGCCACCACCAAACCCACCAAGCACCCGCAUAAAUCUGGGUCUGUGGGCACCGCCGCCGCUUCGACGUCAUCUCGGAAACGAGAUGCCCCUGCUAAGACCUCGCGGCCGGCAUCAGAGCAGACCUCCCGUAAGGAAGCUCCUUCGGACCCGAAGGACGGAUCGGGUACCGGUAAAGACACCUCCUCCAGGGCGAAGGCGGCCCCCCAUAGGGAGGAUACACCCAGAUCGGGUGGAAGGCUCACGGAAUCUCCUAUUCCCUUCUUCCCUCCGGAUGCUCCGCGGGGCUCCGCGUCAUCCAAGAAGAGGAAGGCAUCGGCUUCAGCUCAGGAUGCUACGGCUUCCAAGAAGUCCAAGCAUUCUAAGGACCGUCCCCGUAAGGAGCCUGGGGUGACUAAAGAACCAGAGCCCUCGACCCGUCCUCGCAUCCGGAUGGAUUCUCCAAGACAGGACACUCUGUCGGUCGUGUCCGAUAGGCCUCCACUGAGGGAGGCCCAGCAAGAUUUGUCCACCCCGGGACCUUCAGCGGCCGCAACCGUGCCUUUUCUCCUCUCGAAUGAGGAAGACUUCCAAGACAGGCUUUCGAGGUCCCCUUCUCGGGAAUUGCCCUCGCGUUCUCCAUCCCCAGCUCGGAGGGAUCGGGACCCGAGGUCGCCGUCGCCAGCUCCCCUGUCUCCCUUGCCGGUGCCCGAUGAUGAUGGCGUGUUUUAUGACUCCGAGGCAGACCAGUUCUACCUGAAGGUGUCUAGGAGAGUCGCAAUGUCCAGGAUGCCCUCUCGUGAUCACCCCCGUGACCGUCCCCGAGAAGGUUCACAGUUAAACAAACGCCAGCGGGACCCUGUUCCAGCUUCCAGAGCUGCUUUGCUUCAACCUGCACCGCGACCAGCUGAUAAACGCAAUGUUGUGGUUCAGGUGGAGUCCUCCGAUUCCGAGGCGGACGCUUCGGUCGCGACGGAAGACCCCUCCGAUGUGGAAGACCCCCCGCGUCAGUCGCCGCAGGAUCUCCACUAUCCAGAGGCAGCCUCGCCUUCGGAUGAUGUUCGUUCCUUCGCGGAACACAUCAUUAAGAUGUCCAGGGCCCUGGACAUCGAUCUUGUUUAUCCGGAGGCGGAUGCAGAAGACCAAGUCGAGCGUCGGGUCCAUGGCCGGGUCCCAACACCCCCGUGUGUCCCAUUUUUGCCAUCCUUGCAAACGAUCCUCAAGCGUUCCUGGGACUCUCCUUCGUCUCUCCUCGGGCCCCCAAGGAAGAUCGAGUCGCUAUACAGGGUCGCAGCUCCAAAUGCUCCGUGGCUCAUGUCACAUCCUCGCCAGAAUUCGGCGAUUGUGGAAGGAGCUCAACAGACCUCCACCCAGCGCCAGACCACCUCACCGGUCGAUAAGGAGGCCAAGAAGAUAGACUCUCUGGCCAAGAAGGC